UUUGAAAGUUGGCCCAGUGGUAAGCUCUACAAAAAAAAAACACUCGCCAAUCACUUUUGGUAUGUGCUGUAUGUACGUAGACAUUGCAUGUGGGUAUGCAGUUGGUUCGAAGAGUUGGUAUAGCAAUGACACGCCGAACACUUACAAUUUUGUAAAACCUACUUUGCCAGGUAGAUGAGUAAGAAUUUGUUUUGCUUUAUGUUCUACUGCCGCGGAUUGGAUUUUCGGAAUUCGGGGGACUUCUCAUCAGUUGCGAAAAGAACUGUCCUUCUCAUUAACUACUAUCUGGGCGGAAGGCAGAACAUCGACCGGGACUACUACAUUUACUUUCCAGGACUGCAAGGUACGGCACCUACCAAACAAUGACUUUGAUUGGACACAUGCUGGUCGCCAUUUUGUUAAUAGUCAGUGUGGAUUCGGUGGUCAUCAGGACAUCAACGGGAUUAAUACGAGGAGUGAAACAUGAACUAGACGGAGUCCAGUUUCAUCGGUACCUUGGCAUCCCUUAUGCCGAGCCGCCCGUGGGGCCACUGAGGUUCAGAGGGCCCGUUGCAAAGUCACCCUGGAACUCGGUCCUCAACGCAACUUCCUACGGACCAUCCUGUCCACAGGAUAUCCAAGCUGUGUCCAAGUUCUAUCCUGAUUACAUGGUGAAGAUUCCAGACAGGGCUCGAGAAAUAAGCGAGGACUGUUUAACUUUGAAUAUCUUCGCACCAGUUACGGACACAGUUACCGGUCUGGCGGUGAUGUUCUGGAUUCACGGCGGGAGCUUCGAGACGGGGCAGGGGAGUGGGUACGACCCGUCCGCUGUGGUGACCCGUGGCGAUGUCAUAGUGGUCACCAUCAACUAUCGGUUGAAUAUCUUUGGGUUUCUGUGCACGGGCGACGAGAAUGCACCGGGGAACUACGGUCUGCUUGACCAGCAACUCGCACUGCAGUGGGUCCAUGACAACAUAGAAUCGUUCGGAGGGGACCCGACCAGGGUGACGCUGUUUGGCCAGUCUGCUGGCGGUGCUUCGGUUACGCUUCACCUCUUCGCCAAUAAGAGCAGGUCGUUGUUUCAGCGAGCAGCGGCACACAGCGGCUACUUUCACCCCUCCGUAUACGCCAGUGGAAGAGGUGAAUGGCUCGGAAAACGCGCAAGGGACAUCGGCGAGGAAGCGGGGUGCGGCUCGGGGUCCACAAACUCCGAACUUGUACAAUGUCUCCGAGAACGUCCGAUGGAAGAUGUUCUAGCGGCCGGACAAGCCGUGUCUGCCGCGGUGGCCUCGCACAUUUGGACCCCGGUCUUGGAUAACAACAUGAUAUCCUUAACCACUUCACAGUUGCAUUUGCAGCACGACUUCAUGGUCCUCUUAACAUCUGGGGACGGUUCCGUAAUUUUGGAAGUCAUUGAUACCUAUUUACGUGGUAUGAAUGCAUUUAAUGCAACCCUUGGUUUAACGGAAGACGAAUGGGACAGCUGGCUCACUAUGACCUACAGCUCAUUACAGGUAACAAAACUUGCUACAGCCUUCGAGUACAUGGACAACACCUUGCCAGACCUCAACUUUGCCCGAAUGCAAGCCAUGACAGAGAUGAUGAUGGAGCAGAGCUUUAUGCUUAGACUCAACCCAUUCUUGACACUCUUGCCCAACUCGACAACCGUUCACAUGGGCGUGUUUGAUCACCGUUGCGAGGCUAAUGACAGGUACCCGAGUCUCAACCAGGUACCGCACGGAGAGGAGAUACCAUUUUUGUUUGGAUUGCCUUUUAACGGUUCUGGAAUGGGCGCUGUCUUCACAGACGAUGAGAGGGAUCUCAGUGAACGUGUCAUAUCUUACUGGUCAAACUUCGCCAAGAGUGGGCAAGUAUUGUUUUAUCCUUUGAUGCUUUGAUGGGAGUGUCGUGGCAGAGUGCUUAAGAGCACCAAAUUCAAACUCUGGUGUUUCUGAUCAGUAGAGUGUGGGUUCGGUUCUCAGUCGUGACAUUUUUGUCCUUAGGCAAGACACUUAACCAUUGCUUUGUCAUUC